AUGGAGUUCCAGAAUCUAACACAAGGGAACAAGACAGUGGCAGAAUACGACCGUGCCUUUACCGAAUUGGCAAGAUAUGCGCCGCACAUGGUUGAUGACGAAUACCGAAAGGCGAGGAAGUUCGAAAGUGGGUUGCGUGAACCGAUACAAGAUUGGGUUAACAUGCUUAAUAUGCCGACAUACACCGGAAUACUAGACAAGGCCAUCCUGGCGGAAGCUAACUUAAACCGAUACCAGAAUCUAGGAGAAAGUCAGAGGAAGAGGCAGAAUUAUGAUAAUCGCCGAGUUCCGUUCAACACCAAGAAGAAGGCAAACGUGGACAGUUCCAGUAACUCAAAUCAGGAAGGUAAUGUUAAGCCGAUGUAUGCGAGUUGUAGGAAGUCACAUUUUGGGGUCUGUCGUUGGGCAACAGGGGCUUGCUACGAAUGUGGCGAGAUAGGUCAUCGUGUGAAGGACUGCCCGAAGACAAAGGCUGACGAUGGAAAGAGGAAUGGAAGCACCUCGGGUUCUGCACAGAAAAACAACGUCAGAAGGAUACAGAUGAGGCAGGGCAGAGUUUUUGCAUUAGUGUCAGGAGGCACCCAGAGUGCCGAGGCAGUAGUGUCAGGAAUUGUUGGAUAA